AUGGACGAGGGUGUCGUGGAUCUUGGUGCUGGAAAUGGCAUACUGGGCAUCGGGGCGCUGCUUCUCGGUGCCCCACGCGCUGUUUUCGUAGAGGUGGAUCCUGCGGCAGCUGAUGCCAUUGAAGAAGGCCUCGAGGCACAGAGCCUCUCAGCCCGCUCUCGUGUCUUGCGCUGCGAUGUGGAGGAGGUGGCGGAUGAUUCAGACUGUGUUUGUGACCUUGUUCUUAUGAACCCACCCUGGGGACAGCAGAGAAAGUCUGCAGACAGACCUUUCCUGCAGGCCUCCAUUGCAUUGGCGAAGACUUCGGUGCAUAUGAUGCACAGUGCUGGUGCAAUUCACGUGGAGCCGUGGGCGCGAGACCAUGGAUGGAAAGCGGUCAGGUGGCCAGAAACCCAGGGAUCUGUUUCAGCUGUUUCGUGGCUGACUAGCAUGGCAGGGAGGUGGGCGCGUCGUCUGAUCUGGUCCUGUCACCGUCCUAUCCAGAUGUUUAGGAUAACAUUGCUGUGA